AUGGCGCUGUCCACGCCAAAUCAGCAGGAAACGCGAUCAAUAGGUAUCCAGUGCAUCAGAAGCUACCUGUGCUAUGAAAACUGUAAGCUACUCCCUGAAGAGGAAUUUAGAUUCUAUACGGGCAUAACACAACAGGUCUUUGAGUUCUUGUAUGAAUUUCUCGGUGGUGAUGAGGUAUGUGCCAGACUGAAGUAUGACUACAUGAAGAAGACACCGAAAAGAUCACAAUUUCAAGGAGACUUGUUCCCUAAAGACAAAUUGUUUAUGACCCUUCUACGGAUACGAAGAGGAUUCACAUUAAAUGACCUAAAGGUCAUGUUUAAAAUUAGUGAAUCACAUGCCAGCAAAAUAUGCUACACAUGGAUUAGGUUGAUGAGCUUGGAAUUCAGAAAAUUAGAAAAAUCCAUGUUUGUGAGCAGAGAAAACCAAGAUGGUCGCAGACCAAAAUGCUUCAAAGAUUUUAAGAAUCUAAGAGUCAUUAUUGAUGGCACUGAAUUCCGAAUUCAGAAACCCACCAACCAGCAGCAAUCAAGUAACAGUUUCUCAGACUAUAAAAACUACCACACAAUCAAAUUCCUUGUUGGAAUUUCAUGCUAUGGUGGAUUAUCCUUCAUCAGUGAAGGAUUUGAGGGUAGUAUAAGUGAUCGGAAACUUAUAGAAGACAGUGGUUUCAUGGAUCAUUUGGAACCACAUGAUGGAGUCAUGUCUGAUAAAGGUUUUGAUAUGGAGGACAAAUGUGAUGAGAGGGAAGUUGAUUUGUACAUCCCAUCUUUCCUUGGCAGGCGAGAUGCUUUUACAGGAAGAGAGCUCCUCUAUUCAAGAGCUAUAGCUGUAUCAAGAAUUUUUGUAGAGAUCUUUAUUGGCAAAAUCAAAGAAUUUAGAUUAGUGAGGUACCUUAUCCCUAACUCAAUGCUUCCCGUAGCAAGUGAUUUAGUUAGAGUUUGUGCAUUCCUUGUUAAUUUUCAGAAUGCAUUCAUAAAGAUAGAUGAAUAUGAUACUUCAGAAUUAUAG